CCCAAAGAGUUGCAGACACUUGCAUUUUUAAAAAAAAUCGCAGUUAGACCUAUCAUUUGGCAUUUAGGAUUUCUAGAUCUUAAAUAAUUAGACAACUUAGUACUUAAGGAUGGAUAAUACCAACAGAAAAGACCGUAGUGCCAGUUUCUUCUCAGUAUAUGUGGGGAAUCUUAAUUCUGAAGUUACAGAGGAUGAUUUGGAUACUUUAUUUAGUGAGUGUGGUCAUGUAGCUGAAAAAGUUAUCAUACCUCCCAAAGAGCAGGGCAGAUCCAAGUUUGGAUUUGUAAGGUACCAUACUCAAGAAGAAGCUUUAAGAGCCAUUAAAGAAUUAAAUGGAUGGAGCUUAAAAUCUCAGCGCAUUGUUGUUGACAUAGCAUCAGACUGUGCUCACAAACUCAAACUGGCACCUCACAACAUGCAGCCUGAUGAGUCCUAUUGUGAGCUGAUUAAUGCUGCAGCCUUCACCAAAAGGUCUGGUGAGUAUGACAGUGUACUCAACCUAAACAGAGUUAAGGAGACAUGCCUGUGGGUCAGCUCUGAAUUUUUUGGCACUGACAGCGGAGGAGUGAAUUAUACAGAACGUGUUCUGUAUGACCUCCAGAGGAAAACCAGAGGAUCUCUAGUUCCAGCACCUCCUCAUCAGUCAGCCAGCACAGAGACUAUCUUAGAGAAAGCUAUGUCAUGGCUUCAAGAAAGAGAAAGCGAGGCAUUGCUGCAGAAGUACAAAGAGGUUUAUGAAAAAUUUAAUGACAUUUUAAAAGAUGUCAAAAAAUAUACUCACACUGGAGUAAGUGACAUUCAGCCUCAAGAUGACACAAGCCCACAAAAAAUAUCUGUUGAGGAAGCUAUUAACUUGGAACCUAAAUGUACAAGCCCACAAAAAAUAUCUGUUGAGGAAGCUAUUAACUUGGAACCUAAAUGUACAAGCCCACAAAAAAAAUCUGUUGAGGAAGCUAUUAACUUGGAACCUAAAUGUACAAGCCCACAAAAAAUAUCUGUUGAGGAAGCUAUUAACUUGGAACCUAAAUGUACAAGCCCACAAAAAAUAUCUGUUGAGGAAGCUAUUAACUUGGAACCUAAAUGUACAAGCCCACAAAAAAAAUCUGUUGAGGAAGCUAUUAACUUGGAACCUAAAUGUACAAGCCCACAAAAAAUAUCUGUUGAGGAAGCUAUUAACUUGGAACGUAAAUGUACAAGCCCACAAAAAAAAUCUGUUGAGGAAGCUAUUAACUUGGGGCCUAAGUAUACAAGCCCACAAAAAAUGUCUGCUGGGGCUAUCAACUUGGAACUUAAAUGUACAAGCCCACAAAAAAUAUCUGUUGAGGAAGCUAUUAACUUGGAACCUAAAUGUACAAGCCCACAAAAAAUAUCUGUUGAGGAAGCUAUUAACUUGGGGCCUAAGUAUACAAGCCCACAAAAAAUGUCUGCUGGGGCUAUCAACUUGGAGCCUAAGUAUACAAGCCCACAAAAGAUAUCUGUUGAAGCUACCAGUAUUAACUUGGAACCUAAAUGUACAAGCCCACAAAAAAUGUCUGUUGAGACUACCAAUGCUAACUUGGAACCUAAAUGUACAAGCCCACAACAAAAGUUUGUUGAGGCUACUAACUUGCCACCUCAAGGUAAUACAAGCCCAAAGAAACCCAUUAGUCCUCCUAGAAAAGAUGCACCAGCUACUUAUUUGAAUGUUGAAAAUGGAAGACCUCUGAUUAAAAAUUCUGCAGUAAAAGAAAUUAAUGAGCAAGAGGGUAUGCCAGCACCAGCUAAAAUAAAUCCUCUUGUAAGGAAACCAUUGCCAACAUUAUACAAAACCCCACCACCACCCGUAGAACCACCUCAAAAUUCUUUAUUGCCAACUCCUGAACCACCAGUUGUCAGGAAAAAAAAUUUAUUUUCUAUUCCCCUGUUUCCUUCAAAAAAGUUUACGGCUCCACUUUUGCCAGAUCCAUCACCAUUGGAUAAAACCAGCAUGGCUCACCAACAAGAUAAGGUUGUUGAGGACUCUUCAGGUGCUGAGGAUUCUGAAUUAAGAUUACAUGGAACUUUGUUGGAGUGGGGGCGCCACUUGAAAAACCUUGUUGAUGAUGAUUCAGAUCUUGAAGAAGAAACCAUUGUUACUUCAGAUAAAAAAUCGUGGGAGGAAAACAAAGUUGAAAAUGAAUGGGUGGAUGAAAAAGAAAGCUAUGAUUCUAGCUUUUUGUCAGAUUUGUUCUGUCAGGUUCUGGAGUCUGACAAACCAUGCGUGACCAAUAAGCGCAGCCCCGUGUCCUGUAAAGUAAUGCCAGGAGGAGGUGGCGCUGAAAAAACCCAGAAGACCACCAAGAGCAAUCCAGUGGCCAGUAAAUUAUUGCAAGAUGGAGAUGGUGUUGACAAACCAUGUAUGACCAACAAAAGAAGUCCAGUGGCCUGUAAAUUAGUCCCUGAUGGAGGUGGGGACAACCUAGUCCCAGUCAGCCAAGCUAGUCAUGGGGAUGCUGAUGUGUCAGUUGGACCAAAGGAUGUUGACCAGACUAUGUCAGUAGAUGAUGAGACCCUGUCUAGUGGUGUAAAAGUCUCAAAGCUUGCCAUGUUAGCUAAGAAAUUUUCUCAGCUAAACCAGCCUACAAUCAGGCCACCAUUUUUUGUUCCUGGCAGAGCUAAGCCAUUGUAAAUGUAAUGUAGCGCACAUCAACUGAUUUGCACUAACAUCUUAAAUUCUUACAAUUCCUGGCCAUGUUACUGAUUCUUUAUCAGCAUUUGUUUUAAGAAUUUUUUUUAUUUAUGCUUAGGACUGUUGCAGCUGCAACUAGCAUAUUUUAAAGAUUUGUUAGUCAUGUUCAUAUAUCUAACUAGGUUAUUAUUAAGUAUUAAGGUGUAAUACCGUUCAACACAAAGUGUGCAUUGUAACUAUAAUGUAAUUUUAAAUAAUGCUUAAACCAUUAUUUUAGUCCUUUAUGAUUCAGUUUUAUGUCAUGCUAUUCUUAAAAUACAAUUUUUCUAUUAGAAAAUUGGGAUUAACUUUAAAAAAUAUGGUCUCUAGUUAAACUAUCCAUAGAUCUAGAUGUAUAUUUAUAUGUAUAAAGAAUUUUUUAUCAGAAAAAUUUGUUGAACAAAGUUAAAUUUUAUAAUAAAAUGUUUACC